UGGUCUUGUUCCCUCCCAGUGCUCCGGCAGGCACUGCGGCAGAAGCACCAGGAAGCCCAGCAGGCCUGCCGGCCCCACAACCUGCCCGUGCUCCAGGCAGCUCAGCAGCGCGAGCAGGAGGCGAUGGAGCACCGGAUCCGUGAGGAGCAGCGGGCCAUGGACCAGAAGAUCAUCCUGGAGCUGGACCGGAAGGUGGCGGACCAGCAGAGCACACUGGAGAAGGCAGGCGUUGCUGGCUUCUACGUGACCACCAACCCGCAGGAGCUGACACUACAGAUGAACCUGUUGGAGCUCAUCCGGAAGCUGCAGCAAAGAGGCUGCCCGGCGGGGAAGGCAGCCCUGUGAGCAGGUGGGGUCCCUGCCGGUCACCCACUGCCCGUCCUGGCUGGGAAGACAGUCCUGUCCCCCGUCGCCACGCGUAGCAGAAAGCUAAGGAGCUCGUCUUCCUGAUGUCUGGCCACUACCCUCCUAGGUGCCUGCAGGAAGGGUCACCUCUGAGGAGAGGCAGGGUGGACCCCGGCUGUGUCUGCCGCCCCCCCUCCCCCUUUGUCAGGGGUUUUACACCUAAAGCUAGAACGGUGUGGGGAGGGGGGAGCAGGCCGGCCUACUGGCUGGCUGCACCAGAGCUGAGCAGAGGGUAGGGCUAGAGCCCCUGGCACCAGCACAUCUCGACCUCUGCCAAGCCCAGGCUCUGUGCUUAUUUCUGGUCUCGGCCCCGUUCUUGGUCGCCCCCAAGUAGGAGAGGCUCGCGGCCCAACGCUUGUGUGAGCCAGAGAAAUAAAGGCGCCUUGGUAUGGCCUGCAA